AUGAGCACACACAGUCACAGUCACGGCUCUACAGCCACUCUCCUCCCUCAACAUACACAAGACGUUUCAGUAAGUUUUGACAAUUAUUCAGGCAGUGAGGUCAAACCAAGCAUCAGUCUCUCGGGCACAGUCAAGAAAUGGGCCAGAGCCAUUCUCUCAGAGCCGGCCACCAGAAAUCUCUUCUUCUUUCUCUUAAUCAAUCUCUCGUUUGCGUUUGUGGAGCUGCUGUAUGGAAUGUGGACCAACAGCCUCGGCCUCAUCUCUGACUCAUUCCACAUGUUCUUUGAUUGCACAGCUCUACUAGCCGGACUGGUUGCUACCGUGGUGGCCAACUGGGCGCCCAAUGAGAGGUUCUCCUUCGGGUAUGUGAGGGCUGAGGUGAUCGCUGGGUUCGUCAAUGCACUGUUUCUACUCUUCAUUGGUUUCUUCAUAUUUGCUGAAGCUAUCGAGAGAGCAUUUGAACCCCCUGAAGUGUCUCACGAUCGUCUGAUGGUCAUUUCCGUGGGAGGGUUCAUUGUCAACCUCGUGGGAAUAUUCGUCUUCCAGCACGGAGGAGGAGGAGGUGGACAUGGUCACUCUCAUGGCGAUGGUCACGGCCACUCACACGGAUCAGGGAGGACACAAAUCAUGCAAGGGAUUUUCCUGCACAUCUUAGCGGACACUCUGGGCAGUGUAGGAGUGAUCAUCUCCUCUCUCCUUAUCCAGUCCUUUGGUUGGAUGAUGGCUGACCCCAUCUGCUCCAUGUUUAUUGCAGCCCUCAUCAUUGUCAGUGUGUACCCCCUGCUGACAGAGUCCACGGGGGUCCUCAUGCAGCGUACACCAUCCUCACUGGAGCAUGUCCUACAGGAGGCUGUCAGAAAAGUGUACGAGCAGGAGGGGGUGGUCCAGGUCCACAGCCCACACUUUUGGACACUGUGUUCGGGCGAGUACAUGGGAUCACUCAGAUUGGAGAUUGUCUCGAAUACUGACUCAGCAAAACUUGUAGCCAAUUCACGAGGAAUCUUCAAAGGAGCAGGACUAACGGAUGUUGUCAUAGAAACUACGGCAAUAGACUGAUUUGAUUGGUUAUAUCUAUCACAUGAUAUAUAAGGAACUAGGGUUCUUAAUUAUUUAAUUAUUACUCAUUUUGUACGCUGUAUUAAAUCAAUUAAUUUUCAUGGUAUAGUGUUCAAAUAAUAAAAUUUGAUAGUCAG